UUUUAAAUUUUAAAAAGUAAACAUUUUAAUAUUUAGCAGAAACUAUCUUAUUAAUGGUUAUUGCUCAUUGUUUCACACGCACCUGUGCAAAGUUUAUGUCGGAUCAUUGAAUAUAUAUAAGAGAAGAAAUCACAAUUGUUUUCAAUUUUUCAUAUACUUCAGUCAGUGUAGAAAAAUAAAAGUUUAAAAGUUUCAAUGUUUUUACAAAUCUACGAAAGUAUCAGUCGCAUUUUAAUUUGAAUGGACAAAAAAUAAAUUAAGAGGUAGCUAUUAAAAAUCGACAACGAUUUUUUGAUAACGAAUACUACGAAUUAUUACAGCGAACACUCGAAUUCUUAAAGCAAAAUGAACACAACUACUCUCUUCAUUGAUCCAGUUCAGACUGUGCAGUUCCUCACAUUAGUUACUUAUAUGAAUAAAUUAAGUGACUUGUUUUACGCCGAAGAGUUGAUAAAAGAGGAAGAUAAGAACCAACAGUUUACGAUCAUAAACACUUUUUACGAUUAUCUAAAUAAAUCGAACAACGAAACGGAGCUGAAGGAACAAAUUGUUCGAAAGUUGCUAGAAGGAAGUGAUCUCUACGGAGGACAGGACAAUGAGACACUUGACAUGGAAUACGUCAAUCGAACCUUUGACUACAUAGUAAGUAACACAGUUUUCUCGCAGAAUGGCAACAUUUAUGGGUUUUUGGCAGAAAUUGUAAGUACUUCGAAAAGUUUGAAGUUGUCUGUUUUUAGACAAACUGCAUUCGAACGGCUCUCUUGCUUAAGAAAUAUAAACGAUGAUGGAAACGUUUCGAAUCUGACACAAUUGACGAUUGGCAAGAUUGCUGAAAACUUUCUUUGGCCACUGCUGCCUAAUGCGACUCAUGACAUGGAGGUUGUUAGUGUCAAGUAUCUUUACGCUCUAGCCGGACACAAAUUAUCCCAAUUGGCUCAGAUGAAUAUGUCUGAGGUUUCCUUUCAGAAGUACGUAACUCUGGCGAUGGCUAUGGAAGCUUCGGCAAUUGGGGACGAACUUCCGAAAUCCGUUUUACAAAUUUUCGCUCUUCCAGCACUACUCUACUAUGCUCACAAAGAAACGUCGAAAAUAAGCCAGCAGCCUAUGAAACAAUUGAUCAAAGACGAAGACUUUUGGUCCAAUGCUUUCUUCACUUUGUUCUCUUUCUUGAAUACAACAUUCGAGACUAUUCGACAAGAAGCACUUGCUUCUAAUUCCCUCUACCAAUUUCAUCUCAAAAUGUCGAAAUUCAAAAAUCGAACCGUAGUUGCCAGGGAAACGUUACACAAAGAAUGCAGCUACCUCAAUGACACUUACCUUGAAUCCCUAAUCGAAGACUACAAAACCUAUUCAUCAAGUACUCGAUGCCAUAAACUUGCCAAAUUGCUUCCAAAUCUGGAACAAAUCUACGAAUCCCAAUUCUCUUCCAUCAAGGAAAAAUAUCGUCUAAUGGAACUAGACUUCAUUCGAUCAGCUUUUGACGAUCUUCCCCUUCUAAAAACUUUGAUAAAUUCUACAGGCACAAUUGUUUAUAAAGCUUCACCUAAACCAAAUGAUAUGUACUGUUAUCUAUGUCCACCAACAAUGCCAACAUUUAAUCCAAAUAUAAUUUUGUUCGGAGUCAAAGGCGAAAAUCAAACUGUAUUUUUCGCCUUGGAGCAGAAUGAGAAUAACGUUACUCUGAUUCUCCACAGAGGGGAAAAGAUCGAAUUCAAUACGAGAAUUGGAUUGGAAAAAAAUGUCGAAGUUGAAGUUCCACUCGUUAGAACGCGUAUAAAACAACCUGAGGAGAGUUUUGAUUUCUUCGUGGAGAAAAUAGCGGAAAUGAAAGCAGAGGAAUUUAGAAAACAGCUUUUCGGUUAUGGAUACGAUACAACUAGUAUGGAGAAGUUUUUCGAAAUUUUAAAAGCGUUUAUACCUUUCUAUCAUUGUAUACAGUAUGCAAGAGCUGGGGAGCAAGGAAUGGCGACUUUGACCUGCAUCGGAGAUGUUGUCGGCUUGAUACCUUUCGUCGGGGUUUUUAACAUUGGCUUCAAGAUGAGUACCAUGACAAUUAAUCGAUUUUUGUUGACUGCCGAACUAUCGCUACGAAGUUACACUUUGCGACAAGCGAUUCUGACGACAAUGACCGUUGGUCUACGGAACACUGCACUCGAACUUAGUGGGAUUUUCUCAAAAGUAAUUUUUACCAAACAGAUGUUUAAAGCUGUGUCCGUUGGGGUCAUUCGUACCCUCGAUCCUGGUUUUGAACUGGUUGGUAAAUUGACCACUCGUGGCAGUGUUUUGAUAGGAAAAGUCAUCAGCAGUGCGUUUAAGCGACUUUCGAAAACCUUUCCAACUUUGAACUUCAAGUAUGCGAAAUUUGAAAACCUUUGGCUGCACCUAACGGGCCAAGGUGCUAAAUCUGCGGAUGUAAAAGUUGUCACCGUACCAGGAAUAGAAAGUAAGGAAAUAGGACGUGAAGUAUUCAGAUCCAUCUACCCUGGGGGAAAGGAACCAUUCGGACCAAAGUACAUCCAAUUAUCCAACGGACAUGCAGAGCUAAGACAGAUGAUUGGUUUUGAGAACCAAAUCCCCGUCGUCAUAUCAAGAGUGUCAAAGCGCGGAAGGAUAUUCUACAGGAGAAUUGAUUUAAAAACCGAAAAACCAUUCGGUCUGGAACUGAAGAUAAACAAAAAUACUCAACUCGAAAAUAUACGACAACCUUUUCGACAACACAUAUACAAAAUUAAAACUGAGGGUUUGGGUGGUAAGGGAGCACUUUACAUUAAAAAAAUUCGCUGUAUUGACGAAGCUGUACAAGUUGUCGUGGAUGCAAGAAUAGGAAUCGGAACUCGUUUGAUUCGGAAAAAAAUGAAGCACUACGUAUUAUCGACCGAUACUCCAACUACUCUGGACGAUCUCAUGGAUGUUGAAAUUAUAAAUUUCAAUCAGAAUUUUGAUCAGAAUAACGAGUUUCAUAAUCUGUUAGGAAUGUACAGAUCAAAUCCAAUAGAUGAUGUAGACCUAAACAAUUAUUUGCCAGUACCAACCUAUGCAGCAUUCGCCCUCGAUUGGGUUAAAACAGGAACUAUUAACCCAAUAUACAAACAAUAUUACGUUGAGGACGUAGACGAACUGGAAAAUCUAAUGUUUGGAAAAGAAGUAACCGCUAUUAAUGGAAAGAGAGUAAAAGACCCUUCCGCUAAAAUCGUUGGUCUCUACGGACAACACUACAUCGAUAAUUUGAACCUUGAUCUCAAUGAUAUCGUAAAUGAAUAUUUUUCUCGCUCCCUGUGGAAGCAUGUGAAUCUUGAAGACUUCUUCGCACUUAGGAAUUGGAAACUCAGAGAAUAUGUAAGAUUAACGGACGAUUCAAUUGUUACAGAUCUUCUACAUAAAUCUCUAUUGAGAUUAGCUGUAAGACAAUCGACUCAAGAAUCUUUACCAAAAGUUUUAUACCAUAUAGAAAUGAGAGAUCGUGUACCAAUAGAGAGUCAUUCUUCGCAAAUAGUGGAAAAAUUUAUAACUUCGAAUAGUUACAUCGCAUCUUCAACUGAGGAAGUACAAAUGUUUAAAAUCUUUUCUGAUGUAAUCAAAAAAUUACCAGCGAGUGAUUUGAAACAAAUUUUUGUCUACAAAUCAUUCAUAGAUUCAUCGUAUUUAACUGUUGAUUUGAAAGAGGUAUUGCCAGUGGGAAAUCCGAUUACUGUCAUUCUUCCUGAAACGAGAUUUCAAGUUAAACAUGUGGAAGAGAAAAUAAUUGAAGGUUUUAAUGUUUUGUAUUUUGAAGUUGUUAAUGUACCUAUUGCGAGAGAAAUAGUCAUUUCUCGAUUGAUGAAUGAAAUCUUGAAAUUAGAUACAAAAUACAGUUUUGAAUAGCAAAUUUUAUGAUGUUGUAAUUAAUAGGUUAUACAUAAAAUUGUUGUACAUAUAAUUGACAAUACUCAAUUAAUAUUCCAGUAUGUCUUGUGUUAUAGUAUGAGAAAAGUGGAUGAGUCAAUCGAACAUAAAACAAUUGGGUUUCAAAUUCGACAGUGUAUUUAUUUCUUACUCUAUUAACAAUUAAAUAUUAUUACUAAUACCCUGUGAAUGUAAACUUUAUUUAAAAAUAAACUUUAUUAUUAAACUAAAAA